AUGGUUGGCUGGGAACCCACAUGGGAAAUGUGCAAGCAUCGUCGAGCGCGGCUGCCAUGGAUCCUACCAACUACCACGCUCCGCCCCCCGGGCCACGCCGACUACACGGCACCCCCGCCCGGCCCGCCGCCGGCCCAGCAGCAGCAGCAGCAGCAACAGCAGCAACAGCAACAGCCACCACCGCCGCAGCACAACUGGCAGGCCGUGGUGCCCGACACGUCCCUCUUCCCGCCGCCGCCCGACGUGUUCUCGAGCUGGGAGCGGUCGCCGGCCAACAACGCGACCGAGGAAGAGAUGGAGGCGGGCGAGGCCUGGUGCGCCCAACACCCGCUCUGCCCGCCCGUCGACCUGAACCAGGACCCGGACGGGCGCGCCGCCCUGGCCGCGCACAACCCGCGCCUGAUGAGGCCGCAGGGCUUCAACGGCGACGUCGUCUGGGCGGCGCCGGGCGUCUGGCGCGUGCGCACGGCGCACGAGCGGUGCUCCGACACCACCGUCUGCGCCUACCCGCCGCUCUACUGCGCGCGCGAGCACUCGCCUCGCCUCUUCGCCUACUCGUCGUCGGGCGGCAAGGAGGUGGGCCGCCGCGCGCGCACUGUCUACUACGAGGUGCAGGUGCUGCCCGACAGCCGGCCCGAGGAGGCGUCGCUCUCCAUCGGCUUCGCGGCCCUGCCCUACCCGCCCUUCCGCCUCCCCGGCUGGCACCGCGGCAGCGUCGCCGUGCACGGCGACGACGGCCACCGCUACACCAGCGACCUCGGCGGCGGCCGCUCCUUCGCCGAACCCUUUAGGCGCGGCGACCGCUACGGCGUCGGCAUCACCUUCACGGCCCUGCCCGACAGCGAGCGCCUCGGCGCCGAGGUGUUCUUUACGCACAACGGCGCCCUCGCCGGCAGCUGGGACCUGCACGAGGAGACGGACGCGGACCAGUCGAGCGGCUUGUUUGGGCUCGAGGGCCACCACGACCUGAGCUGCGCCAUUGGCACUUUCAAUCGCGUGAGCUUCGAGGUCAUCUUUGAUCCGGCUCGCUGGAUGUAUCAGGGCGUGCAACAGGAGUGAAGACCCGUUGGACUCGUUGUAAGCUGAUACUAAGCUAGCUAUGGUUUUUUGAUGGCUGUUGGUCACUUUUAUAACCAAACACGAGAGAUGGGACGUAUCGUGCAAGAAAACUGAGGAGCAACAGGACUAGGAUUAUAAUGCGGAACAAGCAACCCAUAGCAUGUACAGAAACAAUGCAGAACAGAGAGCCCGUCUAAGGGGUAUGCAGAUAAUGAAACGAGUAGGAUGCGUUAUACCACUCCGGACAUGAAGCCAGCAAAAAACGAUAUCGACAAACCAUCCACCUCCUCAAGAACACCCUACCACUCUGCCGGGCUCACUUGC